UGUGUGUGUGUGUGUGGCACCAUGCUGUGGACAGUGAUCCUAGCGCUGCUGGUGCUUCUCCUGCUGCAGACUCAGCUCUCUGUGUGCUUAAGGGAAUUACGCAGCGGGGUUUUCAGCUCCUCCUCUUCCUCUUCCUCUUCCUCCUCCUCCUCCUCCUCCUCCUCCUCCUCCUCCCACAAUGCCACCCAGCAGCGGUUGCCCGGAGCGAUUAUUAUAGGGGUGCGGAAAGGCGGCACCAGAGCCCUGCUGGAGAUGCUCAACCUGCACCAGGAUGUGGAGGUGGCAAAGGCCGAGGUGCACUACUUCAACAUCGAGGAGCACUUUCGCCGAGGCCUGGCAUGGUACAAAGCCCAGAUGCCCUUCACUCUUUCUGGUCAGCUGACGGUGGAGAAGACCCCCGGCUACUUUGCGUCCCCUCAGGCUCCUGCACGAGUCUGGGCCUUGAACCCCGCCGUGCGCUUGUUGCUCAUCGUCCGGGACCCGGCUGAGAGGCUGAUCUCCGACUACACCCAGGUCCUGCACAACCGCCUGACCCGCCACAAGCCCUACCAGCCUCUGGAGGAGCUCCUGAUCAACAAGGGGCACAUCGACCCUGCCUACAAGGCGCUGCAGAGGAGCCUGUACCACCAGCAUCUGGCCCGCUGGCUGGAGGUCUUCCCCAGGGAGCAGAUCCACGUGGUGGACGGCGACGCACUCAUUCAGGAUCCCUUCCCCGAGCUGAGAAAGGCAGAGAGGUUUCUGGACCUGCCGCCCAGGAUAAGCCCCGACAACUUCUACUACAACACCACCAAGGGCUUCUACUGCCUCCUGUCUGCGGGACACGACAAGUGCCUGGACGAGUCCAAAGGCAGGCCACAUGCGCCGCUGAGCACCCAGGCCUUUCAGAAGCUUUGUCGCUACUUCAGGAAGCCCAACAAGAUGUUCUUCGAAAUGAUAGGAAGGUCGUUCUCCUGGUGCUGAACCAGUGGGGAAAAGCCACUGUGGAGAUGAAACAGCUCCUGUACAAUGCCGACACAUUCAGGGACAGAAGGGGAGAAAGAACUGUGGUUUGUGUUUUUGUAGGUAGAUGAGUGGAAAGAGUCUUAUUUCAAUUUAUUUCACAAACAUUUCUUGUUGUUGAUACCUACUCAGGUGUAAAUGUGGCCAACGAGAGCAGAUGAAAAACGUAGAGAAGUCCAACUGCUCGUGUGGCCAACACAAACCUUUACGACGACCAAGCUGGUGCCUCUUUGGAUAAACUCACUUGACGAAGCUACGACAACUGUGCCAUACGCAAGUUUGAAACUAUAUACGACUAACUCCUUUUGAGUGAUCAUUUGUUGGGUGUGCAGACUUUGAGGUGACACAAGUGGUGAAAAGAUGGAUGAAUUUGUUGCACUAUGAACUAUUGCAUAAUAAAAAGAAGUCAAUCAAGGUUCAACUUCAAACAAAUAACUUUUAAAUCAGAUUUUUCUAACAGUUGUUACUUGUUGUGUGUAAGUAUAAAUGCUUAGUUGAUUCAUUUGCUUUUUUACAAGACUGACUUUUAGAGAAACUUUUAGUGAAAACACCUUUAUUUAGCUAUAGCUCUUUUGAACGUCCCCUUGAAAACUUGCUUUUUGCUUCUUAUCUUACAUUCAAGGCCAAUGUAGUACCAUUUUUCUGUUUGUGUUUUUUAAUGUCCUUCUAAUAAACGUGUUCA